CUCGUACAAGUCACUGCAUGAAAACUUUACGCGCACUGAACCAACGCUGUGAACUGAAGCAAGAAUGCGCGGAGGCUGUGCCUUGAAAUCAAAGUGAGAAUCGGCACGCUUGUUGGUUGUUUUGUUUUGUUUUUAACUUUUUGUUUGGGAAGUGAUGACACUGGAGCUGUCGGCAGGACUAUGAGCGACCACGACAUCCUCGAGAUGGAGUCCGACAUGGAGGAUCUGGGGGAUAUAGAGCUGGGCAUGAUAGAAGAGGAAGUUGUAUACCCAGAGGAGUUUUUACCAACUUAUCACUCUAUCAAAGAAGGAGGAAACGUAAUUAAAGCACAAGAGGUAGGGUUUAAUGACAAACCAGACUCCCUGUUCUUCAAUGAUGGUGUUAGGAGGAUUGACUUUGUCCUGGCGUAUGAAGAUGAGGACAAAAAGGAAUAUGAGAAGAGGCAUGUGUUCCAGAGACGCAAGAGACGGCGAGAAUACUUUGAGGCCAGCCUGAUGAAGAUGGGCAUGGAGUUGGAGGCCACACAGUCUGUUUUAGAUGAAAAACUCAUGUUUUUGAAAGUUCACAUGCCAUGGGAUGUGCUGUGCACCUAUGCCGAGGUCCUGCAUAUCAAGCUUCCCAUACAGCCCAACGACAUGCCGGCCCGCCCCUCCCCGUUGCGCUUUUUCUCCUGCAUCACCAAGCACUUCUAUCCCGAUGAGAAACUGAUCAGUAAGGAGUCCGAGUUCUUCACCGCCCCCUUUGAGAAGGAUCGACAAGAUCUCUUCUGUAUCAAGGACAAAGAUCUCUUCUUCACUCCAUCGAUGAGGAGCAGGAUGGCGUAUUACAUCCUGAGCCGAGCCCCCUAUGACAUACGAGGCAACAUAAAGAAGUUUGGCAUCACCAAACUGCUGGACAGUGGAGUUUACAAAGCGGCCUAUCCCAUCCACGAUUGUCGGUUCAAUGUCAAGUCCCAAGAACCAGAGUGUCCCAAUGAAAGAUACCUGCUCUAUGAAGAAUGGGCUCAUCCCAAAAGCUUCUACAAGAUCCAACCGCUGGACCUCAUACGGAACUACUACGGGGAGAAGAUUGGCAUCUACUUUGCCUGGUUGGGUUUCUACACGAGAAUGCUCACUUGGGCUGCUGUUGUUGGGAUCGGCUGUUUCAUCUACGGGUACUAUACCCGGGACACCAGCACCUGGAGCAAAGAAGUGUGCGACCCUGAUAUUGGGGGAAAAAUAGUCAUGUGUCCACAGUGUGACACGUGCCAAUACUGGACAUUAAACAGCACCUGUAACACUUCGAAAAAUCUUUGCAUAUUUGAUAACUUUGGAACGUUAGUGUUUGCAGUUUUCAUGUCAGUCUGGGUGACUUUGUUCCUAGAGUUCUGGAAGCGCUACCAGGCAGAGCUGGAGUACGAGUGGGACACUGUGGAGUUCCUGGAACAGGAAGAGCCACCUCGCCCAGAAUAUGAAGCCAAAUGUAUCUAUGAGAGGAAAAACCCCAUUACAGGGGUGAAGGAAAAGGUGCCAUACACAGCCUGUGGACGAUGUGUCCGUGUGUCGAUAGGAAUGACAACAGUCGUUUUCUGGAUAAUGUUGAUCCUGGCAUCUGUUGUGGCCAUCACUGUAUACCGCCUGGCUGUCUUCUUUACGUUUUCUCGUGAACUGAGGAAUACAAACUUGACAAUUGCUGAGCCAAUAAAGGAGUAUGUGACACCUCAGAUGGCCACUUCUGUCACAGCAUCACUGAUUAGCUUUGUUGUAAUCAUGAUCCUCAAUAUUCUAUAUGAGCGGGUCGCCAUCUGGAUCACAGACUUCGAGCUUCCACGAACCAAGACGGACUAUGAGAACAGCUUGACUCUGAAGAUGUUCCUCUUUCAAUUUGUCAACUAUUACUCCUCAUGUUUCUACAUCGCCUUUGCAAAGGGGAAAGCAGUUGGCCAUCCAGGAAAGCCUGUUUAUCUUUUGGGAAAAUACAGAAAUGAGGAGUGUGAUCCGGGUGGUUGUUUGAUUGAGCUGACGACUCAGCUGGCAAUCAUCAUGGGUGGAAAAGCCAUCUGGAACAACAUCCAGGAGGUCUUGAUACCGUGGUUGAAGAAUUUAAUUUAUCGCCACUGCGUCCAUGUGACAUCGGAGAAAGUGAUUCCUCGCUGGGAGCAGGACUACCAGCUUCAACCCAGCUCAAAACUAGGACUGUUCUAUGAAUACCUUGAAAUGGCCAUCCAAUUUGGCUUUGUGACCCUGUUUGUGGCCUCCUUCCCUCUGGCUCCGGCCCUGGCUCUGCUCAACAAUAUAAUAGAAAUUCGGGUUGAUGCUUGGAAAAUCACCACUCAGUUUCGCCGUGAUGUGCCAGAGAAGGCACAGCACAUAGGAGCCUGGCAGCCCAUUCUUCAAGGCAUCACUAUCCUGGCUGUGGUAACAAAUGCCAUGAUCAUUGCUUUCACGUCGGACAUGAUCCCACGGCUGGUCUACUACUGGUCUUUCUCAGUGUACCCCUACGGCAAUAAUACUGAAAACACCAUGAAGGGCUACAUCAACAGCUCGCUGUCGGUAUUCAGUACCAACGAUUUUCCCCCAGUUGAUGAUGAAUAUAUCCACACGCCUCCCAACCUAACCACUUGCAGGUAUCGAGAUUAUCGGUUUCCCCCCGGGCACCAAAGACAGUACGAAUACAACAUGUUCUACUGGCAUGUGAUCGCUGCCAAAAUGGCUUUUAUAAUUGUUGUGGAGCACAUUGUUUAUUUUACCAAGUUCAUCCUGGCCUACAUAAUCCCCGACGUCCCGUAUGCUGUUAAAGAACAAAUCAAACGGGAAAAAUACCUGACCCAGGUGAUCCUCCACGAGACCAACCUGAAGCUGGUGUCCAAACGUUUAAAGGCAACUGAAACUGAAACUGAAAGCUGAGCAUUUACAAAAGAAGGACUUGGAGGUGGAUGAAAACGGAUGGGACACGAAAGCAGAACCUUUUAAGUGUGUCACAAGAAGAGUGUUCUUUUUCUCUGUAUUCAAUUCAGUUUUAUUUAUACAGCACCAAAUCACAACAACAGUCACCUCAAGGGGCUUUAUCUUGUAAUGUAGACCCUACAAUAAUAUUAUGAUUACCAAGUUAAUAAAGCAUGAACUGUCUGACAGGAAACACCAUCCUUGAGGAACUGCAGGACGGCGAACGGAAAAACCAGAAAAACCACUGAUGUGUAGUCUUCCCUAACCACUAUUUUCUUGCCCUGGACUGCCUUGAUGUGUUUGGUGGUGAAAACGCACUUUAAGAGUCUUGUUUUUCUGGUGAAAUAAAUUUAGCUGACCCUUUAAAUAUAAAGAUAACAGCACAGGUGGAAAAGGCUGCAGCAGAAUGCCGAAUAUGAACUUUUGGCUCAAGAAAUGUGAAUUGUAAUCUUUUUUUUUUAAUUACAAAAAACCACAAAUCCGUCUUGACGUUAAAGACCAAAACACAAAUACUAAAAUCAAGAAAAAUGUAACAUUUAGCACAUUGGUGAUUUUUUUUUUUUUAAUUAAUUGCCAUGCUGUAUGUUUUAUGCAUUGACUUUUGCAACCGGAUUUAUUCAAAAAGGGGGGAAAGGCAGGUAAGGACGUCAAAUCAGUGCUUUCAACUGUGAAUCGUUUAGUUUUUUUUCCCUUCUUUCAGCUCUUUCACAUAUUUUUCUUGGCUGUUACAGAGAUGACCUUUCAAGUCAUACCAAAGGAUACAUUAAUCUUAAGCAUUUUUUUUAGUUAUGCUAUUCUUUUUGCUUGUUUUGGGUAUAUCAGACUAGAGCAGUUCUCACUUUAGCAUCUCACUCUGUCCACCUUCCUCCACAUGGGUGUGCACAGCUUUCGCACACAUUUAAUAAUCACCAAUAUUGCAAAAUGCAGAUGUGCAGUGUUGGUAUAAUGCUUUUGUCACCUCUGUUAAAGAGCUCACAAUGUUGCACGGCAUAAAUGUGCAGGAGAUUGUCCCCUUUAAACUUUACAUGUGUUUAUUUUGUGAGGUGGGGGUUCUAGUAAGGAGAAUAAUCAACAAGUUUUGUAUAUAAAAAAAUAUGUUGAAGUGGGGAAAACAUAAUAUAUCCUAUGAAAAAACUUUGGUGAAUAUAAGUCUUGUGUAUGACCACUGCACUUCAUUUUUUAUUCUGAAAUGAUGGUUCAGGCCUUUUUAUGUUAUCCCGUGUCAGUCAUGAAAGUACCUCUUUUAAUCCACUUUGUCCUGAACGUAAGUAUAAUCACCAGUAACAGUAUCAUAUAUCAAUAUCUUUAUUGUCUUGUUGUUUUAUACGGUCAUUAAAUUGUUUUUUAUAUAUAUCUAUAAAAAGCA